CUAGGUAGGCCAAACACGGUUGGCAGUUGGGCCGGCUUGAUGCGAAGUUCAACACAAGCGACAACGAGACGCGACAGAGAGGCUACGGUAGCCCGACGGACAGCCAUCCCCGCGAGCAGCCCAGAAUGCCCACGGCGAAACGACUGAGAAGCGGCCGGCAGCCCCAUACCGAGGCCAGCUCCAGCCGGGCGACCACGGAACCACGCGACAGAGACUCUGAGUUUGCGCAUCUUGCCCGCCAACACUGGCUCAAAUCAUCGACACGAACUGCCAAGGUCAAAGUCAAGAACGACGUGUUAAAGAAGGAGAUAUGGGGCUCGCUGGAGCGUGAGAACUUCCAGCACAAGUCGCUUUUGGCGCUGGAGAGUCUCCAACUGCUCGAGAGUUACCUGUGGCCCGGAUAUGUUGAGGAUGCCUCCCAACACCACGUGCUUCUAAUAGUCUUCGUCGCGAAUACUAAGCGGCGAGAACGGCUCGAUACAUGGCCCAUCUUCGAGGACCGACCAACUGAUUUUUCGAGCCUGUUCCGUCGGGUCCUCUCCAUCAGUCUCGACCAGACGCUUCCCCUGCCCGUCAGGACGCACGUACUGUCCUUCAUCAUCUAUGCCUUCCAAUCCCUGGACUGCGCUGUAGUGCGCAAAGAGUGUGCCCCGUUGGUCUCCAUCUCCACAUGGCACAACCUGUCGACGGCGGAAAAGCGCGACGGCCUCUUGGACCAAGAUGCUCAGCUGCGCAAGGCCUGGAGGGCUUCAGCAAAGAGAUACGACGCCGCCGAUGAUGCUGCCAAGGCUCGCUUGCGGUUCGAGAGGAUGUGGCUCUACACACUCAUUCUCGACUUCUUACGCCUGUUGCACGACCCAAGUGCGACCCCUGAGCACGCCGCCUACUGUGAACGCUUUACGGAGCUUCUCAUCGACCUCCAGAGCCAACUUCCCACCAGGCGCUACGUCAACACUCUGCUGAGAGACCUACACGUCCUGGCUGCCAUGCGCCUCUCACCGGUGUAUUGCGAUGAGGACAGCGAACCUCUCCGGGAACUACACGGAUUGCUGCAACAUUAUACGCUCUUCACGAUCAAUGAUCAUACCGGCGUACAACUUAGCCGUACCGAGGCUUACGAUCAGCGGUGUACCGACCUGGCCAGGUUACAACGGGUGGCUCUCAAGCACUUCAAGGACAAGCUGACAGUGCUUGCCCUGUCCAAUUAUGGGUCUAUUGGUGACCGCGGUGAGCUGGAGAUUCUGCUGGGGCCGUUGACGGAUAAUGAACUCGUGGAGCUGGCAUCCAGGCUGCAGCUGCGAACAUCUUACCCCAGCCCCUCAAACCUGGCAGUGGACCGCAAGCUCCUGAUGGAAGUACUCUUAUCCAUGUUCGAGAAGAGGCCUACCUUCCAGGAGACCUUGCGGGAUAUGCCCGUCUUACCGACGGAACGGACGUUGUUCGAGCAGAGUCUGCAACGUGCUGACAGCUACGAUGGCGCCCGCCCGCUUGCACUUCCGAAACUGAACCUUCAGUAUCUCUCAGUGGGCGAUUUCCUGUGGAGAGCCUAUGUGCUGUAUAGGUGCGAGGCAUUCUACGGCAUUCGCAAGGAUAUUGAAACAGCACUCCAGCGACUGAAACCCCAGUCUCGCCGACCGGGCGAGAUCUCGUUCGGGGGCAGCUCCCGGAUGGCCUCGAGAAUCACAAAGCCAGCGAUUAUUGAGACUGUCCCUGCUCUGGUGGGAGAUGACGUCCCGUCUCUUGUACGAGCCGAGGUCAGCAUGGACAUCCGUCACAUGCCAGAUGCCACUAGGAGGGAUUGGGAAGCCCUACGACCGGACGAUGUCGUGUUCCUCCUCGCCGUGGAUGCUGCCGGCCAGGAGGCUAAUGAUAAUAGAGACCCCUCGCCGGGGGAACCUCGAAGGGGGCUGCGGGCGGUUCGCACCGCCGAGGUCAUCCAGGUAUUCGACGACAGAGGCCGGCCGGUCCACAGCCCUUCUUCCUUCUCAGAUGGCCACCGCCGUGGCUCCACGAUACGAAUCCAGCUCAGGCUAGACGCCAAGACGUAUAAAGCCGACGCCGAGACCAACCUACCCUCGGAGCAGAAUGAUGUCUACAGUCGUGUCAACGUGCUGCUUCGGAGGAGCGGGCGAGAAAACAACUUCAAGCCGGUCCUGGAAUCUAUCAGGAGUCUAUCACUCUCAGACGUGCCGCUGGCGCCAUGGCUUCACGAGGUCUUUCUAGGAUAUGGUGAUCCGGCAGCUGCUACCUACAAGCUGCUGCCCAACCGCAUCAAGACGCUGGACUUCAGAGACACGUUCCUUGAUUGGCAGCAUCUUGUGGAGAGCCUCCCUGGGAGGAUUGUGGAGCCUGGCGAUGAUGUUUCAGGAAGCUUCGGUCCUCCUUACGUCCUAGAGACGCUCGAUCGUCGCGAGGAGGACACAUCAGCGAAACCGUCCAAAAAGCGGCGGAGAGACGCGGAGCCAGCCCUGAUAUCCGAGGUCGAAACGGUCAAUGUGUCUACGUACAAGCCCUCGAACAGUGGGCCAUAUCCCAUCGACGCGCCCAAGUUCAACAGCAUCCGUUUCACUCCUGCGCAGGUAGAGGCUAUUGUGUCUGGCACGCAACCCGGUCUGACCGUCAUUGUUGGCCCUCCGGGUACGGGGAAAACGGAUGUUGCGACACAAAUCAUCAGCAAUCUCUACCACAACUUCCCUACGCAGCGAACCCUACUCAUCGCGCAUAGCAAUCAAGCUCUCAACCAGCUUUUUGCCAAGAUUGUUGCCCUCGACAUUGACGGCCGCCACCUCCUGCGCCUUGGGCAUGGCGAGGAGGACCUCAAUACCAGCGACAACUUCAGCAAGGCCGGCAGAGUCGACUCGUUUCUCAACAACAGGGACCGGUAUCUCCAAGAAGUUAGCAAGCUGGCGGCGAGCAUGGGCGCCCCUGGAGCUCACGGGAACUCGGCAGAGACGGCUGGUUACUUCAACUCGGCUUACGUUAAGCCGACUUGGGCCAGAUUCACAGACGCCAUCAGCGAGAGCUCCUCCACCGCCACGGACAUUGUUGCGGCAUUCCCCUUCGCCGCCUUCUUCUCUGACGCCCCACAGCCUCUCUUUCCCGAGGGUGCUGAUAGAGAGGCUGUCCUAGACAUCGCCACUGGAUGUUACCGACACAUCUCCGAGGUCUUUUCGGAACUGGCUGAUGUACGGCCCUUUGAGAUACUCCGGCGCGACAAGGACAAGGCCAACUACCUUCUCACCAACGAAGCCCGCAUCAUAGCCAUGACCUCAACACAUGCCGCCAUGAGGCGUGACGAGAUCGCCUCCCUGAACUUUCGCUACGACAACGUAGUGAUAGAAGAGGCGGCACAGAUAACUGAAAUGGAGUGUUUCAUUCCACUGGCUAUGCAGAAGGCACGGGGUGGCAAGGUGCCGCUCCAGCGCGUGGUCCUCUGCGGAGACCACUACCAGAACUCCCCCGUCAUCCAGAGCCUCGCCUUCCGCCACUAUGCCAACCUGGAGCAGUCAUUCUUCUCCCGUCUGGUUCGCUUAGGUGUACCCACCAUCAACUUGGACCAGCAGGGGCGUGCCAGGCCGUCGAUAGCGAGCCUUUAUAGCUGGCGAUACAACAGUCUGGGCAACCUCCCGCACGUCGAAGCGAGCGAGGAGUUCUCUGCUGCCAACGCCGGCUUCAGAUAUGACUACCAAUUCAUUGACGUACCGGACUACCGGGGCCACGGCGAGUCGGAGCCAACCCCUCACUUCAUCCAGAAUACGGGCGAGGCCGAAUAUGCUGUCGCCAUUUACCAGUAUAUGAGGCUGCUUGGCUACCCGGCGUCCAAGAUCAGCAUCCUCACAACGUACGCAGGCCAGCGCGCACUAGUCAGGGACGUGCUGGCGCACCGUUGCGCGAGGAACCCGAUAUUCGGCCUCCCCAAAGUCGUGACCACGGUCGACAAAUACCAAGGAGAGCAGAACGACUACAUCAUCCUGUCGCUUACUCGUACAUCACGAGUUGGCUAUCUUCGCGACAUCCGCCGCCUGACGGUGGCUCUCUCCCGUGCGCGUCUUGGUCUUUACGUUUUGGGGCGCCGGCAAGUAUUCGAAACUUGCCUGGAGCUCCGACAAGCGUUCCAGAAACUCCUCCUCCGCCCCGACAAGCUCACGCUGGUCACUGGCGAGCUUUGGCCUUCUCAGAGACGCCUGUCAGAUGAGACUAACGGGAAAAAUGUACCUGGAGAAGUCGUAAUGGAAGGCGUGGAGCAUCUAGGCCAAUAUGUAUUCGAAAUGACGCGGACUAAACUUGAGCAACUCGGAAACGAGAAUAGCCAGGCGUCUGCUGCGCCCCCGCUGGAAAUAGGUCCGCUGCCCUCUCCAUUGGCAGACUCGCAGCGGAUGGAAGUAGUGGAAGAGGCAGACGAGGACGGUGGGGCUCUGGAAGGUUGAGGACGCACAGAGGGGUUGAGUCAGUUCGUUUCCGGCGCCAGCUCUGGUUGUACCGCUCCUGAGGCCUGCACGGAGCCUUGAUGCCCGAUGGAGGAGCUGAAUCGGCGGGGUCUACGUCACGGCCGGAAUAAAGAAUCCAAAUCUUCACCAGCUCACGCAGCGCCUCCGGAUAAACAGCCAAUUGAAUCAUCAAAUCUACAAAGUGCAAGUGGAGGGACAUGAUAGUGACGCGCAGAGACUCGGCGGUGCAGCAUGAUAAAGCAAAUGCUGGCGUCAACGCGCAAGCCACCAAGGAAACUUGU